AUGGCAAGGUCUCAGCUCUGGGGCCUUCUCGCGCUGCUCCACUGCGUCGCCGCCGCCGUCUUCGUCUCCGUCUUGGUGCCCAGAGUGUCUGGAGAGAGGAGCAGGACAAACACGCGGGCCUACCCCCACAACGCUCGUCAGCUGCCAACUUUCAUCUUCAGGUCAGGCGGCGUGAAACAGCUGACGCCAACUAAGAACAUAUCAUCGCUCUUGGAUAAUCUGUUAAAAGGAUAUGAUCACAAACUUCGACCUUCCUUUGGGGGAGAGCCUACGACGGUAGAGAUCGACAUCGAGGUCAGGAGCAUGAGUCGAAUCUCCGAAAUGGACAUGACCUACUCUAUGGACUGCUACUUCCGCCAGUCGUGGGUGGACGAGCGCCUGGCCUUUUCUGACCUUGAGGAGGCCUUCACCCUGUCCGUGUCCGUGCUGGAGAAGCUGUGGAAACCCGAUACGUUCAUUUACAACGGCAAACAGAGCUACGUUCACCUCAUCACCACGCCAAACAAGUUCAUAAGGCUCUACCAGAACGGAAGGAUUCUCUACUCGUCCAGGCUGACCAUUAACGCCAACUGCCCCAUGAACUUGCGUGACUUCCCGAUGGACACACAGCACUGUCCUCUAAAGCUUGGCUCGUUCUCUUACACGACCCGCGAUGUGGUGUACAGGUGGAACAAAGACAGGCAGGUGGUCAUCGCUCCUGACCUCAUGCUCUCCCAGUUUGACCUCAUAGCUGCUCCUUCAGGUGAUGAAAAUACAACACGACGUGCAGGGGAAUUCUCCACCCUGCUGGCGAGCUUCUACCUGCAGCGCCACAUGGGGAACUUCCUGAUCCAGGUGUACGGCCCCUGUAUGCUGCUGGUCGUCCUGUCGUGGGUGUCCUUCUGGCUAAACAGGGAAGCCACAUCCGAUCGCAUAUCUCUCGGCAUCACGACUGUGCUGACGAUGACCUUCCUGGGACUAGAGGCACGGACUGACCUUCCUAAGGUCUCUUACAUAACAGCUCUUGACCUCUUCGUUUGGAUUUCGUACGGCUUUAUCUUCGCCACAAUAAUAGAGUUCGCCUUCGUGCAUGUCUUCACGAAAGUGGGGUCCGGCGAGGUCUACCUGUCGCACUCGAGCUCCGAGGCCGACUCUGAGGAGGACCCUGACGAGGAACUUGACCCUGAGCCCAUCGCAUGCACCGUGAUGGCGAUCGGGCCGCAGGAGGACUGCGAGGGCCACGCCUCCUCCGUGUGCCCCGCCCACCCCACGGCGGGCCCCAACGGCGUCAGGAAGGUCUCGUCCCGGUCGUCCGAAGGGCAGGCGUCGCCCAUGCACAUCUGGGCGCCCGCCUCGCCCGCCCCCCUCAACCUCUCCCUUCGGCUGAGGAGGCUGUGCGGCUGCGUCUGCGCCAGGGGGAGGAGGAGCUCUCUGGCGGCGACGAAGGGUCCCCACCACCGCCGCCAGUCGCACCUGACGCGAGCCGGCGAGCGGGCGUCGAGGCGUCCAACCUCUUCUAAACUCGACCAGAUUAACUCCGUUUCCAACAUCGACGAAAUCUCACGAGUGCUUUUCCCGUUCGCUUUCGUGUGUAUCAACCUCCUCUACUGGUACACGUUCCUCUCCCACACCGAGUGGUCGCAGAAUCGAUUCUGAACCGAAAUCACGACCCCUUGGAUUGGUAUCUUAGGGUAGGAUCUGCUGAGGAUUCUGAUGAGGUUGUGGUUAUGCCUUCUGGUCCUGUUUUACUGGGAUUGUAUGGUGUUAUUUAUAUAGAGAGUGACAAGGCGUGUAUAUGCAUUGGUGUAGCUGUAUUGGGAUAUAUGGUUGUUGUUUAAUGUUUGUAUAUAUAUUUUAUUAUCAUAUAGCCACUCUUAUUUCGCAAGAAAAAUACCUUAUUUAUCUAAUUAUAGGUUUUGUUCUACGCUCUUGCAGGAUUAUAUGAUCUAAGAAAAUAUCUGAAUACACACACACGCACACACACACACACACACACAC